AUGCCCGGCUUCAUCAAGUCCCCAGACGAUCAGACAGGGAUUUCGGGAGGAGUGGCGUCGUUCGUAUGCCAGGCGGUGGGCGAACCCAAACCUCGCAUCACCUGGAUGAAGAAGGGGAAGAAAGUCAGCUCUCAGCGCUUUGAGGUGAUUGAGUUUGAUGAUGGUUCGGGGUCGGUGCUGCGUAUCCAGCCUUUGAGGACCCACCGCGAUGAAGCCAUCUACGAAUGCACCGCCACCAACAGCGUGGGAGAGAUCAACACCAGUGCCAAGCUCACUGUCUUAGAAGAGGACCAGAUCCCGCAUGGUUUCCCCACCAUCGACAUGGGGCCCCAGCUGAAGGUUGUGGAGAAAACGCGUACAGCUACAAUGCUGUGUGCUGCCAGCGGCAACCCUGACCCAGAGAUCUACUGGUUCAAAGACUUCCUUCCUGUGGACAUCAGCAGCACCAAUGGGCGCAUAAAACAGCUGAGAUCAGGAGCGCUUCAGAUUGAGAACAGCGAGGAGUCAGACCAGGGCAAGUACGAGUGUGUGGCAGUCAACAGCGCUGGGACUCGCUACUCGGCUCCGGCUAACCUUUAUGUUCGAGUUCGUCGUGUGCCUCCCCGUUUCUCCAUCCCCCCCACCAAUCACGAGGUGAUGCCCGGCGGAAGCGUCAACCUGACCUGCGUGGCGGUUGGUGCUCCCAUGCCUUAUGUGAAGUGGAUGAGCGGUGAGGUGGAGCUGACCAGGGAGGAGGAGAUGCCCAUCGGCCGCAACGUACUGGAGCUUACCAACAUCCGACAGUCAGCCAACUACACCUGUGUGGCUAUUUCCUCUCUGGGCAUGAUCGAGACCACCGCCCAGAUCACUGUCAAAGCGCUGCCCAAGCCUCCCACCUCCCUCAUUGUGACAGAGACCACGGCCACCAGUGUCACCCUGACCUGGGACUCUGGCAACCCAGAGCCAGUGUCCUACUAUGUGAUCCAGUACCGCGCCAAACUUUCAGAUAAUGGCUUCCAGGAAGUAGACGGGGUAGCAACCACCCGUUACAGCAUCGGAGGCCUCAGCCCAUAUUCAGAAUAUGAGUUCCGUGUCAUGGCCGUCAACAACGUUGGUCGCGGGCCGCCCAGCGGUAUCGUGGACACCCGUACAAGCGAGCAGGCACCCUCAUCGCCUCCUCUUCUCGUCCAGGCGCGCAUGCUGAGCUCCAGCACCAUGCUGGUCCAGUGGGAACCUCCGGAGGAGCCCAACGGGCAAAUACGGGGCUACCGGGUCUACUACAGCUCUGACCACGACGCCCCACUCAGCGCCUGGCAGAAACACAACACAGACGACAGCCAGCUCACCACCAUCUCAGGCCUGACCACAGACAUCACCUACAGUAUGAGGGUGCUGGGCUUCACCUCUGUUGGUGAUGGACCUCCCUCUGAUGUUCUCCAGAUCAAGACCCAGCAAGGAGUUCCAGCCCAGCCGGCUGGUUUUGAUGCUGAAGCUGAGCUGGACUCACGCAUCAUGCUGUCAUGGCUUUGGCCUGUCCAAGACCCCAUUGUCAGCUUCGAGCUGCUCUACUGGGAGGCCAAUAAUCCUGGGGACAAGCAUCGUGUCACUUUUAACCCAGCGCCCUCCUAUGCAGUUGACGGUCUGAAGCCAGACACACUCUACAUGUUUUCCCUGGCAGCACGAUCUGAGAUGGGUUUAGGAGUCUUUACUCAGCCUAUUGAGGCCAGGACGGCCCAGUCCACCCCUUCAGCCCCUCCUCAGGAGGUACAUUUGCUCAGCCUGAGCUCCACCAGCAUCAAGGUGAGUUGGGUGGCGCCACCCACAGACAGCCGCCACGGGGAGAUAGUACGCUACUCCCUAGCCUACCAAGCAGUCACAGGAGAGGACAUGGAGCGCCACGAGGUGUCAGGGAUUGGUGCGGAUGUCACCAGCUACGUGCUGGAGGACCUGGAGAAGUGGACUCAGUAUUUGGUGUGGGUGAGGGCUCAUACUGAUGUUGGGCCUGGCCCUGAGAGCCCCGCAGCCAGCAUCAGAACACAGGAAGAUGUGCCUGGAGCUCCUCCCAGGAAGGUGGAGGCUGACGCCCUCAACUCCACUGCCCUCAGGGUGACCUGGAAGCCUCCACUGUCUGUGAAGCAGCAUGGCCAGAUCAGAGGCUACCAGCUGGUCUACUCCAGGCUAGAGAACGGGGAGCCUCACGGCCAGCCACUCAUCAUGGAUGUUUCCCUCCCUGAAGCCCAGUGGACUGAUGAGGACUCAGCGGACUACGAGGCCAUCAUAACAGGUCUGCUCCCAGAGACCAGCUACUCUGUAACUGUGGCAGCUUAUACCACCAAGGGAGAUGGAGCUCGGAGCAAGGCCAAGGUGGUCACCACCUCAGGAGCAGUCCCUGGCAGACCCACCAUGAUGAUCAGCACCACAAUAGGGAACACUGCUCUGAUCCAGUGGCAGCCCCCAAAAGAGAUGGUGGGGGAGCAUGUGGGAUACCAGCUACAGUACAAGAGAGCAGAGGAGGAAGCUUUUACUGUCAAAGACUUCAGAAAGAUAGAUGAUCAUUUCACUGUCACCGGUCUUCACAAAGGAGCCACCUACAUCUUCAAACUCUGUGCCAAAAACCGAGCUGGCAACGGGGAGGAAUACGUGAAGGAGAUCAUCACCCCUGAAGACAUUCCUACCAGCUAUCCACAGAAUCUGAGCGUGGUAGGCCUGACCGCCACUUCUACCAAGCUGGCCUGGGACCCGCCUCCUCUGGCUGAGAGGAACGGGAGGAUUGUCAAGUAUGCGGUGGUGUAUCGAGAUAUCAACAGCCAGCACAACAUCACCAACACUACCACAGAAACACAAAUGACUGUCCAGGGUUUGCAACCUGACACCACCUAUGACAUCAGAGUUCAAGCCUUUACCAGUAAGGGGGCAGGACCCAUCAGCCCCAGCAUCCAGAGUAGGACAAUGUCCACCACCAUGCCAGUGUUCACCAAGAACUUUGGUGUGAAGGCUGUUAUGAAAACCUCUGUCCUGCUGACCUGGGAUGUGCCAGAAACCUAUAAAUCCCAAGUGCCUCUCAAGAUCCUAUACAACCAGCAGAGUGUGGAGGUUCAAGGCGACCUGAAGAGGAAGCUGAUCACACAGCUGCAGCCGGAUACUGAUUACUCCUUCGUGCUGAUGAGCCGGGGGAACAGUGCCGGAGGACUACAGCAGCAGGUUUCCAUCCGAACCGCUCCAGACCUGCUGAAGAUUAAACCUGCCCAAUACCAACAUGAUGUGGAGGAGGGUGGUAAAGUGACCAUCAGUCUGCCCAGGGUCCCUGCUGGAGCCCCCGUCAGGUGGUACUACAUAGUGGUUGUCCCUGUCACCCCAGCUUCUCUGAGGAGAUGGGAGAACCCUGAAGACAUGGACAUACAUGAGCUCCUGGAGGCUGGUGUCAACAGUAGUCUGCAGAGAAAGAAGAGACAGAGCCAGGAAUUCCUGCAGCCAUAUAUUGCUGCCAAGCUGGACGCUCUGCCUGAUGUCUUCACUCUGGGUGAUGAGAAGGAAUACAAUGGCUACUACAAUAAACCCCUACCAGGCCAGCAGCAGUACCGCUGCUUUGUCCUGGCUGACCUGACGGACCACGAGUCUCAGAGGACGUUUGCAGCCAGCCCGUUCUCUGAGCCCAUCAUGGUGAAGCUCCACAGCGGGAUGACCCGACACACUGAGGACCCAGAGAUGCUGUGGGUGAUGGGUCCAGUGCUGGCCGUCAUUCUCAUCAUCAUCAUCGUUAUUGCUAUUCUACUCUUCAAGAGGAAACGAACUUCUCCUUCAACCAAGGACGAGCACAUGGCAGGGGUGAAGGACUCGCUGCUGGCCCACUCCUCGGACCCUGUGGAGAUGAGGAGACUCAACUAUCAGACACAAGGGAUGAGGGAACAUCCUCCUAUUGCCAUCAGCGACCUGGCAGACCAUAUAGAGAGACUCAAGGCCAACGACGGUCUGCGCUUCUCUCAGGAGUAUGAGUCCAUUGAUCCAGGACAGCAGUUCACAUGGGAGCACUCCAACCUGGAGGUCAACAAGCCAAAGAAUCGCUAUGCAAACGUUAUCGCCUACGACCACUCCAGGGUCAUCCUCACACCUGUGGAUGGAGUUCCUGGUAGCGACUACAUCAAUGCUAACUACAUUGAUGGCUACAGGAAGCAGAAUGCUUACAUCGCUACUCAAGGGCCACUGCCAGAGACGCUGAGUGACUUCUGGAGGAUGAUGUGGGAGCAGAGGACCUGCACCAUUGUUAUGAUGACCCGCCUAGAGGAAAAGUCACGGGUGAAGUGUGACCAGUAUUGGCCUAGUCGAGGCACAGAGACAUAUGGAAUGAUUCAGGUGACCAUGCUGGACACUGUGGAGCUGGCCACAUACAGUGUGCGGACCUUUGCCCUCUAUAAGAAUGGCUCAAGCGAGAAGAGAGAAGUUCGACAGUUCCAGUUUAUGGCCUGGCCCGAUCAUGGAGUGCCUGAGUAUCCCACCCCAACACUGGCCUUUCUACGCAGAGUCAAGGCCUGUAACCCUCCAGAUGCUGGGCCCAUGGUGGUCCACUGCAGUGCCGGCGUGGGUCGAACAGGCUGCUUCAUUGUGAUCGAAGCCAUGCUGGAGAGGAUGAAACAUGAGAAGUCUGUCGACAUUUACGGCCAUGUGACGUGUAUGCGAGCCCAGAGGAACUACAUGGUGCAAACAGAAGAUCAGUACAUAUUCAUCCACGAGGCUCUGCUAGAAGCUGCCACAUGUGGCAUCACAGAAGUCCCUGCCCGCAACCUGUACGCACACAUCCAGAAGCUCACCCAGAUCCCCGCUGGAGACACCGUCACCGCCAUGGAACUGGAGUUUAAGAAACUGGCUAACUCUAAAGCACAUACCUCAAGAUUCAUCAGUGCCAACCUGCAGUGUAACAAGUUCAAGAACCGCCUGGUGAACAUCAUGCCUUUCGAGUCCACCCGCGUCUGCCUGCAGCCAAUCAGAGGGGUGGAGGGCUCCGACUACAUCAACGCCAGCUUCAUCGACGGAUACAGGCAACAGAAAGCGUACAUGGCCACACAGGGCCCGUUAGCUGAGACCACAGAGGACUUCUGGAGAAUGUUGUGGGAGCACAACUCCACCAUCGUAGUCAUGCUCACCAAACUCCGCGAGAUGGGACGGGAAAAGUGCCAUCAGUACUGGCCUGCUGAGCGAUCUGCACGCUACCAGUACUUUGUUGUGGACCCCAUGGCUGAGUACAACAUGCCUCAGUACAUCCUGAGAGAGUUCAAAGUCACAGACGCCAGGGACGGUCAGUCGAGGACCAUCAGGCAGUUCCAGUUCACUGACUGGCCAGAGCAAGGAGUGCCAAAAACUGGUGAGGGAUUCAUCGACUUCAUCGGCCAAGUCCAUAAAACUAAGGAGCAAUUUGGACAAGAUGGACCAAUCACUGUGCACUGCAGUGCUGGUGUUGGGCGGACUGGUGUGUUCAUCACCCUGAGCAUUGUGCUGGAGAGGAUGAGGUAUGAGGGGGUGGUCGACCUCUUCCAGACCGUCAAGACGCUCCGAACUCAGAGGCCGGCCAUGGUGCAGACAGAGGACCAGUACCAGCUGUGCUACCGGGCUGCUCUGGAGUAUCUGGGAAGCUUUGAUCACUAUGCAACAUAA